CAUUUCCAAGUUACCUCGCUUCCUCACGAGCCGACUUGAUAUCAUCACGUCCCGAGUCAAAGUACAGAGUGCUUCCCGUAGUAGGUUCAAUGUUACAAUUUGGGUCCUGAAUCAUCCACUUCGGAUCAAACAACAAGUAUGUCAAUUACAGGUGGCACAGGCAGGGUACCUGAAAAUCAGCAACAUGACGAGGCGAUUCCGCCCUAUCAGAGCAUUGCACCCAGUAUCUUCGUUCCUGCACAAGUAGAUUUUACAAAACCACCGCCAGAUCUACCAUCGGAUCACAAUCAACUACGUAGUGAGGCCCUCGCUCAGAUUGACGAGCACGCAGAUGCCGUGCACGACAAUAUUUACUACAUGCUUGACCGCGAGAAGACGCGCAUUCAGCAAGAAUGCGAACGGAGGGAGGCUCACUUCCCGCGACCUAUCAGAGACAAACGCGGCCUCGCAGAAGAAGAGGAGUCUUGCCUACCCGACAACUCAACGGAGAUGGACGAGAUUCUCUUCAUCAGAUCGCUCUGCCCCGAGCCGACGCGAGGUCCGUAUGAGGUACCGCUGGGAUUUAGCCACGCCAACUGCUUACAUGUCACGACCGGAGCUCCUGGGGAGACGCCGCGCAAGUCUGCCGAAAAGAUGGUGAUAAAUCUAGCCAAGCAUGGCAUCCAAAAGCUGGAGGGGCUGUCUAAUCACGUGAAAGGAGUCAAGGAAGCUACGUCUAAAGAUCUCGCAAAUCAGGCGCUGUCGAAGAAGCUUAGUUCUAUGGGAAUUGCAGCUACGGACAAGAUGGAUAUUAGUUAAUGGUAAUAGAGACUGAAGAAACCGUGUACGUGUAUAAGAGUGAUUCCUUUCAUGUACCAAU